AUGUAUGCUCUUGCUGAUAUUACUGAGGGUGACUGUUACCUGCGUGUCCCGCGCGACCCGGGCACUGUGGCUGCUGCUCUAGGUGCUAGUGCGGCUGCUGCUCUAGGUGCUAGUGCGUCUGCUGCUCCAGGUGCUGGUACGUCUCCUCCCUCUGGUACUGCACCUAAUGAGUCCUUUCACACUUUCACACUUGACUCUGGUGCUUCGCGCUCUUUCUUUAGAGACAGCACCACGCUCACGCCGCUCCGCCGGCCUGUUGCGGUCUCCCUUGCUGACCCCUCCGGGGGACCAGUCCUUGCACACUCCUCCACGGUUCUACCGUGUCCUGCGGCCCCGUCGGGCUUGCUGUCGGGACUCCACCUCCCCUCGUUCUCUACGAACUUGGUGAGUGGAGCUGACCUCCAGGACGCGUGGGUUGACCAGUUCACCCCUGGAGGUCAGCGUGUGACCCACUGCACUUGCUCUCGGACGUGCCGCCACCUGGCCACGUUCACCCGUCGGCCAGGGUCGAGUCUGUACACACUGACUACUGCGCCUCCUCCGGUCCCUGCGUCUGGUCAGGUAGCUGCGUCCAGGUCUAGUCCUGCGUCUGCCCCCUGCUCGUGUCGUCCUCUGGCGCACGAGACUCUCCUCUGGCACCACCGCCUUGGUCACCCCUCCCUGCCUCGUCUUCGAGGUAUGGCCUCCCGUGCUCUUGUCUCUGGACUCCCCAGGUCCCUCCCUCCCCUUCCUCCGGGGCCUGCCCCCACCUGUGUUCCUUGUGUCGAGGGCCGGCAGCGCGCCGCUCCUCACUCCUCCUCGUUUCCUACGACUGAGGCCCCUCUGCAGACUCUUCACAUGGACGUGUGGGGCCCAGCCCGCGUUCGUGGACAGGGUCACGAGCGUUACUUCCUGCUGGUCGUUGACGACUACUCGCGUUACACCACAGUCUUCCCCUUGCGCAGCAAGGGUGAGGUCACUGAGGUGUUGAUCGACUGGAUCCGCGGUGCUCGUCGCCAGCUUAGUGAGAGUUUCGGCUCCGACCUUCCUGUUUUGCGUCUGCACUCAGACAGAGGCGGGGAGUUUUCCUCCGACCUUCUGAGAGCCUUCUGUCGUUUGGAGGGCAUCCGCCAGACGUUCACGCUUCCGGCCUCCCCGCAGCAAAAUGGGAUUGCUGAGCGCCGCAUUGGCAUGGUCAUGGAUGUCGCUCGUACGUCCAUGAUCCAUGCGGCUGCUCCCCACUUUCUGUGGCCGUUCGCGGUUCAGUACGCUGCGCAUCAGAUCAACCUUCAGCCUCGUGUCUCCUUGCCGGAGACCACACCUACUCUGCGGUGGACGGGGAAGGUUGGUGAUGCGUCCGCGUUCCGUGUCUGGGGAUCUCGAGCUUUUGUCCGCGAUACUACAGCGGACAAGCUGUCCUCCCGUGCCGUUCCCUGUGUCUUCCUUGGCUUCCCUACUGACGCACCCGGGUGGCAGUUCUACCACCCCAGCUCGCGUCGUGUUCUGUCCUCUCAAGACGUCACGUUUGACGAGUCAGUGUCGUACUACCGUCUCUUUCCCUACCGCACUGCCUCUCCCCCUCCCCCGCCGCUCUUCCUUGCCCUAGGUACUCCUCCGGUAGACCCCCUCCCCCCCCAGGGUCCUGCCCCCUCAGGUGUGUCCCAGGUAGACCCUGCCGAACCGGUCGAGGUAGCUGUCGACUCCGGUGCUGCUAGGGGUGCUGACCCUGCGGGUGCGGGGACUGGGGGUGCUGAGACUGGGGCUGCUGAGUCUGGGGGUGCUGAGACUGGACGUGCUGAGCCUGGGGGUGUGGCGCCUGAGGGUACUGUCGGCUUCGUGAGUGGUACUCUCGGCGCUGUCGGGUUGCUGCUGGAGGUGCUGCUGGUGCGGGUGCUGCUGGAGGUGCUGGCGCUGCUGGAGGUGGUGCUGGUGCUGGAGCUGCUGGAGGUGCUGCUGGUGCUGGAGCUGCUGGAGGUGCUGCUGGUGCUGGAGGUGCUACUGGAGCUACUGGAGGUGCUGGCACUGCUGAAAGGUGGUGCUGGUGCUGGAGCUGCUGGAGCUGCUGGAGGUGCUGGUGCUGCUGGAGGUGGUGCUGGUGCUGGAGCUACAGGAGGUGCUGCUGGUGCUGGAGCUGCUGGAGGUGCUGCUAGGACUGGAGACCCUGAGGCUGAGGGUACCGGUUCUGUCUCUGCUGUUUCUCGAGGCGCUGCGCGGCCGCGGCCGUACUACGUUCCGCUUCUUCAGCAGGUUCUUGGCUCCCCACCUUCUCCUGGUCCUCCUCCUCCUUCCCUGAGUCCACCGCCUGUCCCGUCUCAGUCGCAGUUACAGCCGGCCUCUCUGCUGCCUGGUCCUUCUCCUUACUCUGGUCCGACUAGAGGUCUUACGGAGCGUCGUGAGCCUGAGUCGCGUCCUGUGUCGCCUGCGUCUCGUUCUACGUCGCCUGUCCGUUCUGUUCGCGCUGGUCGUGUUUCGCGUCCGCGUCUUCCUCCUGUCCCUGGCACUCACUCUAUGACUCUGCGUCCUUCCACUGCUCCACAUCGUGUCCCUCUGCCCUCUCCUCCUGCGUCCUCUCUUCCUGACGGUCCGGACCCGGAGUCUGACUCCCUUCGUGCUGCUAGUCCUACUGUCACGCGCUUUCUGGCCACUGCUGUCACUGACCCCCUGUUUGAGUUCUCUGCUGCGUCUGCUCUUGUUGCUGAGCUUGUUGACUUUGCUGCAGCCUGUCGCCUAGACUACGCCGCUAGUCUUGUUGCUGAGUCUGCGUCUGUGUCUGUCUGUCCUCCGUCCGUCGGGGGUGAGUGUGCUCUUGGCACGGACGUCCUUGAGGACAGGCAGGAGGACCUUGAGUGCUUUGCUGCUGCUUCACCUCAUCUCGUGUCCAUGCUGCUUGCCCCUGGGGGAGACCCGGAUGCACUAGACAUCCCGACCCCGCGCUCUUACGCAGAGGCGAUAGAGGGUCCCUACUCCUCCCAGUGGCAGGCAGCCAUGGACGCAGAGAUGGCUUCCUGGAAGUCCACAGGCACCUGCGUAGACGAGGUUCCCCCACCUGGGGCGAACAUCGUCAGUGGCAUGUGGAUCUCCAGGGUGAAGCGGCCGCCGGGUUCUCCGCCUGCCUUCAAGGCGCGUUACGUUGCACGUGGCUUCAGUCAGCGACAGGGAGUUGACUUCUUUCAGACCUUCUCCCCUACCCCGAAGAUGACCACUCUUCGGGUACAGCUGCACGUUGCUGCUCAGCGUGACUACGAGCUCUACUCGCUUGACUUCAGCACAGCCUUCCUACAGGGCAGCCUGCACGAGGAGAUCUGGCUGCGCCGCCCACCUGGCUUCACUGGGUCGUUUCCUGCUGGUACCCAGUGGAGCCUCCGGCGGCCAGACUACGGUCUCCGCCAGGCGCCCCGUGAGUGGCACGACACGCUCAGGACGACUCUUGCUGCUCUUGGUUUUGCUCCUUCCACUGCUGACCCUUCUCUGUUUCUACGCACUUACGCUACUCUGCCGCCGUUCUACGUUCUUGUGUACGUAGACGACCUUGUCUUUGCUACUGCUGACACGGAGGCACUCGCCCACGUGAAGUCCGAGCUGCAGAAGAGACACACGUGCACAGACCUGGGUGAGCUCACAAGCUAUCUUGGCUUGCGGAUCACCCGGGACAGAGCACAGCGCACCAUUACCUUGACUCAGUCACACAUGGUGCAGCAGGUCCUUCAGCGCUUCGGCUUCACCUACUCCUCGCGACAGUCCACUCCUCUGCCUACCGGUCACUCGCUCUCAGCUCCACCUUCGGACGAGUCCGUAGAGCCGAGUGGCCCGUAUCCAGAGCUUGUGGGCUGCCUCAUGUACCUGAUGACUUGCACACGACCUGACCUCGCAUACCCCCUCAGCCUUCUGGCUCGCUACGUGGCUCCCGGCAGGCACCGAAAGGUGCACUGGGAUGCUGCGAAGAGGGUGUUGCGAUACUUGUGCAGUACAUCGGGCAUGGGGCUCGUGCUUGGAGGACGGGCUCGAGUUGUCCUCACUGGUCACGCUGACGCCUCCUGGGUUGACGACAUGGCUACGCAGCGGUCGUCACAGGGUUACACCUUCAGCCUUGGCUCCGGUUCUGUCUCCUGGCGGUCUACCCGCUCUUCUUCGGUUCUCAGCUCCAGUUGUGAGGCUGAGAUCUACGCUGGGGCCAUGGCUGCACAGGAGCUUCGCUGGCUCACCUACCUGCUGACCGACUUGGGAGAGGCGCCUCGUUCUCCUCCAGUUCUGUACGUCGACAACAAGGCCAUGCUGGCCUUGUGUGAGGAGCACAGACUGGAGCACAGAACGAAGCACAUUGCUCUGCGCUACUUCCUUGCUCGAGAGUUGCAGCAGCGUGGCCAGCUUCGUCUUGCUUACGUGGCCUCUCAGGCCAACACUGCUGAUGUUUUCACCAAGGCACUUCAGCCUUGUGAUCAUCAGCGUUUCUGUACUGUGUUAGGCCUUGUACCUACUGUGCCUCACUUGUUGACUUCUUGA